CCGGCCGGCAUACUGUUGAUCUUGUUUGCUCAGAUCAUGUCAACCGGAAUCUGACGAGGAACAUGAUAGAUGCUCAGAGAGCCAACAUCUCAGUACAUCUCAGUACGUCUGAACUUUCUGAAGCAGAGUCUGGACGGGAUUGCUUAGGGCAUGCUCAUUUGCUCAUUUGCUCAUUUGGCGGUAGCAGCACUUUCUGCUCAUUUGGAGUGACGCGUUAUUCCCGGACAGAAGCAUCCAGACAGCCUCCAGUUUUACAGUCGACAGGUAUGCGACCGGCAUUCGGAUACCAUGAGAAGCGCGGGAACUCGUCAACCUCACAGGAAGCGCGGGAACUUGCCAACCUCACAGCAAGCGUGGGAACUUGCCAACCUCACAGCAAGCGUGGGAACUUGUCAACCUCACAGGAAGCACGGGAAGCGCGGGAAGAGCGGGAAGUUUGUCAACGCUACAAGGGGCGCGGGAAGUCGUCAACACCCACAGGAAGCGCGGGAAGCGCGAAGACGGGAAGUUGUCAUCACGCCCGACAGAGGGUAGAGGAGGAAAGUACAUCGGCGAGAAGCGGCUGGAAGUGGGAAGCUGUCAAGAUUGACGAGACGAGAAAGCGCGGGAAAUUACGGAAUUGGCGGUCAGCAGGUGUGUCAAAAGGAAGCGAACACCCAAGAGCCUAGCUCAGUGGGUACACCCAUGAACUGCUGAAAUACAGACCUGUGUUCGAAUCCAGAUGAUGGAAACUUGACAAUUGCAACCAACUAAUAAAUUGCUUGGGGUUGG